AUGGACAAAUUUAGAAAGAGACCCAUUUAUAGACAUGGUGAUGGUGGGAAUCUGAUUAAAAGACGGAGGGAUGAUAGUCGUAUUAAGGUUUUGCCUAUUUUCGAACCUUCUGGACUGCUGGAACUGGAUGCUUGUGGUGAUAGAGGUAUACAAUUGAAGUAUGCAGAGCCCGAUGAUAAGAUAGCCAUCGAGACAUAUUGGAAGAAACAUCGCAUUCCAAUGAGGGAGAGAAAUCUGUACCAGCUGGUUAUGUAUAGAAAAGGUGUUCGUGAUCCUAUUAGAGAGUUUGAUUUGACUGAGAAGAGUUCUUUUCUAAUUGGACGUGAUAUGGGGAAAAAUCAAAAGGCAGUGGAUGCAAGGCCAGAAGCAAAAGAAGAUGAUGAUGAUAGAGAAGAAGAGAUAGUUUUGGCAGAUAUUGGAAUUCCUGAAGAGACUUGUUCAAAACAGCAUUGUGUAUUACAGUUCAGAGAAGUUGAUGGGCAGCUCAGGUUGUAUAUUAUAGAUUUGGACUCAUCUAACGGAACUGUAUUGAAUGGAGAAAAAUUGCCUAGGUCCCGUUAUGUUGAGCUUCGAAGUUGUGAUGUAAUAACGUUAUCUGAAAUAGAACAAGACGUUGAUUACGAGCUGGUCUUUGUAAUGUCAAAUUGA